AUGAAGACCAUCCUCGUAACUGGUGGAACGGGUCUAGUAGGUAGCGCGAUUCGGCAGGUUGUGGAAUCCACUGAAAAAAGGGACGAUGAGAAAUGGGUCUUCAUUGGAAGCAAAGACUGUGACCUGGAAAAUGUAGAAGAAACUAGAAAACUAUUCGAGUCGGUCAAGCCAACUCACGUUAUCCAUCUAGCAGCAAUGGUAGGUGGCUUGUUCCACAACUUGGCUCACAACCUGAAAUUUUUCCGUAAGAAUAUGGCAAUCAAUGACAACGUACUUGCCUUGUGCCACGAGUUUGACGUCGUCAAGUGUGUUUCGUGCUUGUCCACUUGCAUCUUUCCUGAUAAAACGACAUAUCCAAUUGAUGAGACAAUGGUUCAUCUGGGUCCUCCACAUGACUCAAACUUUGGAUAUUCCUAUGCAAAGAGAAUGAUUGAUGUUCUUAACAAGGGUUAUGCUCAGGAACAUGGACGGAAAUACACUUCCGUUAUUCCGUGCAACGUUUUUGGUCCACAUGACAACUACAACCUCCAGGCUGGUCAUGUUCUCCCAGCAUUGAUUCACAAAGCAUUUGUUGCCAAACGAGAUAACACAUCUUUGGAAGUCUUUGGUUCUGGUAAACCACUUCGACAAUUUAUCUACUCGAUGGAUCUUGCGAGACUUUUCGUAAGAGUUGUCCGAGAGUAUGAGGAUGUUGAACCACUCAUUUUAUCGGUCGGUGAAUCAGAUGAAGUUUCCAUCCGUGACGCAGUUUCGGCGGUGGUGAAAGCCAUGGAGUUCACCGGAAAUGUUGAGUAUGAUACUUCCAAAGCUGAUGGUCAAUUCAAAAAGACUGCUUCAAACGAAAAGUUGCUGAAACUCUUCCCAGAUUUCAAGUUCACCCCAUUUGAACAAGCCAUUCAAGAGUCUGUUCAGUGGUUUGUGGAGAACUACGAAACUGCUAGAAAGUGA